UAGAGAUUUAUAUAUAUAUAUACACAAGUAUUUAUAUAUAUUAAUAUAAUGGAUUCAGUAGAAGGUUUACAUAAUUCUUCAAAUGAAGUGGCUGCCUUAGUAGAAAGAAAUACUAUACCACAAGGUAUAUCAUUAAUUGAUCCAGUUGCUGUAGCAAAAUCUAGUCGGCAAGAUUUGAUAGCAUUGGUAACAGAAAUUGAAAAGGCGGAUAGGUGUAUAAAAGCUAAUGCAUGUAAUAAAUUACAAGUAAUCGCAGAACAGAUCAGAUUUUUACAAAAGCAAGCUGAGAGUAUCCUGCUGGAAGCAGAACAAAAUGCAAAAUUGCAUCAUGUAGCUUGUAAUUUUGUAAAACAGCCUGGCCAUAUAUAUCAUUUAUAUCAACGAGAUUCGGGGCAACUUUAUUUUUCUAUGCUUAGUCCAGAGGACUGGGGUAAUUCUGCACCAUCACAGAGUUAUAAAGGGUCUUUUAGAUUAGAACAUGAUCGCUCGUGGACUCCUGUAUCUAAACUGCAGGUAAAGGAUGAUGAAUUACUCCUAUUUAAAAAAUUAUUACCUUAUAAUAAGACAACAAAUGCUCUUUUGCAAACUGUUAUAAAUACUAGUACCUAACCAAUUGAUUGUUAUAAAUAUCUAAUAAUCUAAUAAAUGAAAUGAAAUUAAAACUGGA